GUCUGCAUGUGCAUGAGCCCACUUGUACAGUUGUUGUUUAAUUGAACCUAAUGUGUUUCAGUACACUCUGUCCAACACACUCACUGGACUCUUGAGAAAAAAUGUUGCCACAACACAAAGGUGUUACAGUGAGUGUCAGCUGAUCAUCUGGUUGCUUUGAGGUCUACAGUUGUUGUUUUUUUUGACUGAAAUAUCUCACUUGUAGCAGAUGGACUGAAUCUAAAAAAUGUAAUGUUCCUUUGACCUUUUUUGUCACCAUCUGGUCAGAAACUCUAGUACUAAGUAAUUCAGUACUAUUCUUUCAACUCUUUGGUUUGUGGCAGAAUACUGUAAGAACUACUGUCCCUCAGCAUCCUCAUCUAUACCUUGUACAUUGUGUUUAAAGCUAAUUAGCCAAUGUUAGAAUGCUAAUACACUAAACUGAACAUUGUGGAAAUGGGAUAUGUUUCCUGCUGAUUAUCCACAUGUUAACUUCUUCACUGAUCACAUGUUAUAAUGCUGCUGUUAGCAUUUCGCUCACAGCAAUGCUAUACUUCAGUGCAGUUUCACAGAGCAGCUAGCCGGCUGCAGACUCCUGGUCUGGAUAUCAUGUUUAGCAGAUGUGAACAAAGUCAAUUUAUUAACGACAACACCACCACUCACUUUGACCAGUAAAAUAUUGUCCUCAUAUUGCUGAAGCAGUUUCUCUGUCAGGUAAACUGAGCUCAGCAGUCACUUGUUAGCUUUUUACAGAGCUUUCAGUCUCAGCUCGUGUCUUCUUUCUGGAUGAAGUUUGCCAUCUGUCAUGAAAAAUGGGAGAUGUGGAGGAAAGCACUGGAGAUAAAUGUUUAAGCAGAUCCUGUGGUUGAAAUUUCUUUUUAUUUCUAUAAAACUACUGAAGGUCACAAACUGACUUUAUUAAGGGCUGAAGAUAGUCGUGAUUUAACAUUGAGAUUUUAUUGCAGAACUACUGCAUUAGGUUCCAUGAUUGUAUGUGCUCUAGAUGUGUCAUAAACUCUCAACUCAGCUUAGCAGGUCGAGCACAGAUGUUGAGACUGUCAUAUGAACACUCAUUUAAUUUCAUUGCAAGUCACAAAAAGCUCACUAUCUGUGUAAUUUGUUGAAGUGUCAGUUUUUCAACAUUAGCAUUAAUAGCAAGAAACAUUGGUGUCAACAUGAAAGAACACAGUAGUAGUUGUCUUUAGACUAACUAGCCUACAGAAGCUAGGCUGUUGGGUAAAUUAUACAAAUUGUUACAUUUCCAAACAAGAAAUGCACUCAGAGAGCACAGUCCUCCUCCAAGGCUGUUCAUUCCCCCAUAUGGCAUUGUUAGGAAUGCAGCAUUUGUUUAUUAGUUAUUGAUGAUCAGAAAUCACAGCAACAUAGAAUGUGUCCAUUUAAUAUAGAUGUACCCACAAACAAUAUGACCAUGCGCUGAGCACAGGCAUGUGUUAUGCAUGUGUAUGUUAUGUACAGAUACCAAAUCACGUGACCUAAGUAUGUAGUGGGCGGUGGGAAUUGAUGGGACCCCCACAAUUUAAUCAGUUGUUCCUUGUAUCAUUCCUGAUGGAUAAGUCCACAGUCACUUGUCAUAGUUACAGUGACGCCCUGCCGUUAGGUUGCGAUGAUACAGAAAUCUUCAACAAAUCUGUGGAUCCAGACUAUAAGCCGCAUCGCUGCCAAAAUCUUGUCACUUGGUCCUUGUGUCAUUUUUGACCUUCCCUGAAAAUUUCAUUCAGAUCUGUUACUCUGUUUUUGAGUAAUGUUGCUAACAGAUAGAAUAACAGACGGAAGGACGAACACCCGUCAAAUUACUCCCCCGCAUUCCUUGGCGGAGUAAUUAUGACUAGAGGUACUACAUAAUGUAGUUAACGUCCUUCUCCUGCUGUGCUUUUGUCCUGUUUUAGAUUUGAUUUCCUACUUUUUCUGUUUCCAAGGACUCAAUGGAAAAAUACGCUAAAAGUAAAUCAAAGUCUGCUGAAAGGAACGGAAUAAAAGAUUAACGAAAAGUAAUAGUUAUCAUGACAUAAUUGGUUAAUAAGUUAAAGGGUAAUCAAUAGCUUCAAAAGUACUGGACUAAAAGUUUGAAAGUAAUAAAUGCCUGGUUAGGAUUCGGCGCUCUAAAGCACAAAACUCUAUCGGAGGUAGAACACACUGACCUAAAACCAGACUAUUAAAGGAAGCAGGUUAACAGUCCUUAUCCACUGACAAUGAGAACAGCCCACUCUCUGUCUCUCUCUUCAGCCCUCACUCCCAGAGAACACACAGCUGUUGUAUGCAUGUGUGUGUUGCUAUGUGUGUGUUGCUAUGUGUGUACAGCCCCUGCCAUCCCCACCUGCUCAACAGGAUGCUCAUUUUCAUCAAAGCCCCGCCCACUUACUCCAUUAGUUAGGCAACAUCCUUAUCCACACUACACACACUCAAAGUCAUUCACACGCCCCUACAGCACUGCCUCUUUCUUUCCCUUUCAUCCUCCCUUUUCUUUCUAAACAUGCUUCCUGUUUGUCCCAGUCAGCAUCUUUCAUCACUAUGGGAACAGUGGCGAUGAAGAAACCUCAUUGGUCCAUGUGUCUCUUCUGCCCUCCUCUCUCUCUCUCCCUCUCUCUCCAUGUCUGAGACGGGUUUAUUGUGUCUCCUACCUCUCUGGAGGUCAUUCUGUCACCCAGCCAGCAAGACAGAGAACGGAUGAGGAAGGGAGACAGGGAGGGGUGGAGCUGAUGAUUCAGAGAGAGGAUGAGACAGACGUACUGGAGGAUGAGAUGGAUAAGGGAUGAGUCACAGAGACAGAGAGGGAUCCAGCUCAUGGAGAAGCAGAAGACAGAAGGGGACAGGAGUGAAUGACAGACAGACAGAGAGGUGGACGGUCCUGGUCUUCAGAUGCAUGAAGAAAAUGGAAGAAAGCAUUUGAUCAAACAUGGAGGGGACGGUUUGUCCAAUGGGCGGCGGCAGCAGCAGCAGCAGCAGGUUGUUUGGUACUUUGGCCCAGUCACUGAACAGCACCCAACCAGACCCAUACUCUGAGGAGAGCCCAAACCAGGACCUGGACCACGAGCUGGACCCAGACCAGCUGCUCAGAGAGUGCGAGGAGGCCCUGCAGAGGCGUCCAGCCCGGCCUCAUCGGGAUCUGGUUUAUCCCAGCGGGACGGAGCCAAGCCGCCAUAAGCAUAACCCCUCAAUACGGGUCAUGCAAUGGAAUAUACUGGCACAAGCUCUCGGGGAGGGGAAGGACGGAUUCAUCCGCUGUCCACUGGAUGCUCUUAACUGGCAUGAACGAAAGUACCUGAUCCUGGAGGAGAUCCUCACCUACCGCCCUGAUAUCGUCUGUCUGCAGGAGGUGGACCAUUACUAUGACACUUUCCUGCCCAUCAUGACCAGCCUGGGUUACCAUGGCAGCUUCCUGGCCAAACCCUGGUCCCCCUGUCUGGACGUGGAGCAGAACAACGGCCCUGAUGGCUGUGCUCUGUUUUACCACCGCUCACGCUUCUCCCUCCAGGACACAGUUCACCUGCGGUUGUCGGCCAUGAUGCUGCCCACCAACCAGGUAGCCAUAGUCCAAACACUGAACUGUCAGGUGACAGGCCGGUGGCUGUGCGUGGCCGUCACCCAUCUGAAGGCUCGUAGCGGCUGGGAGAGGCUGAGGAGCGCCCAGGGUGCCGACCUGCUGCAGAGCCUGAGAAGCAUCACGUCCCGAGGCAGCGGUCAGAGCGAGGCAGCGUCCGGGGCUGUUCCUUUAGUCGUGUGUGGGGACUUCAACGCUGAGCCCUCUGAGGACGUUUACCGACGCUUCAGCUCCUCCCCCCUCGGCCUCAGCUCUGCAUACAAACUGCUGAGCUCUGAUGGACAGACGGAGCCAGCCUACACCACCUGGAAGAUCCGCCCGUCUGGAGAGAGCUGCAGCACGUUGGACUACAUCUGGUAUACCCAGGAGGCUCUGAGUGUGGAGAGCCUGCUGGACAUCCCCACUGAGGAGCAGAUCGGCCCAGACCGCCUCCCCUCCUACCACUACCCCUCUGACCACCUAUCACUGAUCUGUGACGUCAGCUUCAGGGAGGAGCCACAUAGGCUGAUAUAGGCAGCACCUACAGAGGCCCUGGACCAAUAGGAGGACUGAGUGAGCAGACUGACUUUCCAGAAGCUUUAUGAACUGAAUAUUUUAUCAGAGUGAUGAAGGUAAAGAGUGUGUCAGAACUGAGUGUCUUCCCAUUUCAGAUAGCUGAGGAAGGGACACCUGAAAGGAGCAGAUCCUAGACAGCAUUCACGGUCUGGUCUCAUGAUCUCACACAUGUAUGUGGAUGUUUCCAUGAUGGUGUGGGCAUGUCUGAAGAAAGGAUCACAAACCCAAAUAGACAUGCUACGUUCUGUACUGUUGCUAACAUUUGAAAACGGAGGAACCUCCAGAGAAGUUAAUUCAGAUUCACAUCUCUUUAGCUGCAACAGUGACUCUGUCUUGGUGAGUGGGUGGGUCUGUCUCACUGUGGGGUUUAGAGGCUUGGAGUCUCCACUGUCUUCAGUCACUUUGAGCUCUUAAACUUUAAACUUUGUUUCUUAAAGUGAACAUCAGCUAAAAGGGCAGCUAAGAGCUUCGUCUGCUGAAUUGUGAACACUGGAAACCAGCUGCUGGUAUUUUUUAGUAAGAUUUAUCUCUGCUGUUCUCUCUGCUCUUUAUGAGCAGCUUUCCUGUAGUGCUUCUAAAUUAUUAUCCACUGAGGUGUCGCUGGUUUCUCAGUCUUAUGUUGGUUAUCUAUGAUUGUUGUUAAAAAAAGACCUCAUUAAACAUGAGAAAUGUUAUUAAUAUAUAUAUACAUAAUGACAGCAAUAUUUAAAUAGCAAUAAAGAAUUAUUUUUAUUCUUA